UCCCGAAAAAAAAAAAAUAGUCUUAUAAUUACCUAAUGUGUAUUCUAAAUUCUUGUCUUUUUAGCCCUUUUGCUCCAAUUUUUGUUUAAUAAUAACAUUUUCCUAUCAAUUGCCGAUAGUUUUUUGAUAAUUGUGAUUUAUUGUUUGUUUGGUUAAAUCAAUGCAAAACAGCUAGUGACCGAAAUAUCAGCAAUGCUUAUAUAUGAUUCAUGAAAAAUGGCCGAUGAUCAAAUCUCUGAUGAAGCACCGCUAUUAUGCAACGAAUCUAUUCAAAAACACGACGAUAUUAAUAAAAAAUUUAACUCUAAAAAUGCCAAAAAAAUAGCGCUAUGCUUUGUGUUUUGGUUUAUUGUUAUCCAUUCUUGUAUUCAUUUGUUUUAUGCAAGAGAUUCUUGCAAAUGGCUUCUAUCCGAUGGACGAUACAAAGGUGACAUGGGCUGGCAACCAUAUGGUUGCAUGAUGCAUGAUUAUAGUGAAUUAGAUUGUAGCCGUUGCUUAAAAUAUUUAGCAUUUAGAGGAAGUCAUAAUCAAUUCAAUUUUAUUGGUGAUUCUAGAAUACUAGAUAUAUAUAAUGCAUUAAUUCAUACAAUAGAACCAAAAGCACAGAUGUUUAAAAGUUCAAAAUUUACACCUCGUUAUUCUGACUCUAAUCAUCAAUUCCACGAUAGUCGUCUGAAAUUAGAUAUAAACUUUUUUGGAAGUCCAUAUGUAGAUCCAAUGGUCAAAUAUUUUAAAAAAUUGAAAGAUGUAAAUGAUAAACCUCGAGUAAUUGUAGCAGGAAGUGCUAUUUGGCCCAUCAUUCAAUCAAAUGGAUCCUUAAAUGGUAUUCAAGAUUAUAUUGCUAAUCUUACUCAACUAAUUAAGCCAAUUAAUGAUAUCUCAUCAAAAUCAAUUGUGUUAUGGGUUUUGCAAGAUCCAGUUGAAGAGAGUAAACUUGAUAAUUCAAUGUCUAUGGUUACUAAUAAUUUAAUUGAUCUGUAUAAUGAAGCUGCAAUGGAUGUAUUGAGCAAAAGUUCAGCUGAAAUGUGGUGGAGUUCAAGACUUGUGUCUCAGGGUGAAAUGAGUGAUAGUCCAGAUGGUCUACAUUCUAGUAAUGCAUCUUUACGAUUAAGAGCUCAAAUAUUGUUAAACUUAUAUUGCAAUGAUCACAUGAAUUUUAAUGAUGGUACCUGUUGCUCAAGUACUGAACCAUAUACUUCAUUACAAAGUUAUAUGUUGAUUUUUUUUAUUAUUUGUAUUUUUAUUGGAAUUCUAAUGGCAGUUAGAUAUCGGCGAAAUAGAUUAUCUAAAAAUGAACCAUGUUAUGUAGUAAUGAUUUCUCUUUCAAAAUUAGGUCUUAUUAUGAUAUAUUUUUACUUAUGCGACAGAACUAAUUUUUUUAUGAAAGAAAACAAAUAUUAUUCUGAUGCCAGUUUUUGGUUGCCUGUUGGUUAUGUAUUUGUCCUUGGUCUAUUUUUUACUGAAGAAAGUAGAUAUACAAAAGUACUUCAUCGAGAUCAAACUGACGAAUGGAAAGGUUGGAUGCAAUUAAUAAUUUUAAUAUAUAAUUUAACUGGAGCAAGUAUAAAAACAUCUAUUGCAAAUCAUGUUCAAAUAUUGAUAUCUGCAUAUCUCUUUCUCACUGGCUAUGGUCAUUUUUAUUAUAUGUGGCAUAGAAGUGAUGCAGGACUUACUCGUUACUUUCAGAUCUUAUUUAGAUUGAACAUGUUGACUGUGGUCUUGUGUGUUUGUAUGAACCGGCCAUACCAGUUCUAUUAUUACAUACCUUUAGUAUCAUUUUGGUUUACAAUUCUCUAUUUACUAUUAAUUUGCCCACCCCGUGUAACUGCAGCUUCAUCUGAAAUAAGGCCAGCACAGUACUUAUAUAUAAUUUUGAAAAUCUUGGCUCUUUUAAUUUUUAUCACCAUUCUUUAUAUGUCUGAGGUAUUUUUUGAUAAAAUUUUCCUCACACGUCCAUGGAAAGCUUUAUUUGUGACUACAGAUGAUGAUAUUCAUGAAUGGUGGUAUCGAUGGAAACUAACUCGUUUUAGCGUUGUUAAUGGUGUAAUACUGAGUUUUAUCAUCAUCUUAGCUCAACGUUAUAAUUUAAUUGAUGACAAUAAUCACAGUAAUUUAGUAUUGCCUCGAUUAGCCGUAUUUUCUUCAUUUAUUGCAUUCAUUGGACUUAUUGCCUCGACUGUUUAUAAUAUUCUGUGUCAGAAUAAAAUGGAAUGUUAUGAAUUAUUGUCUUAUACAUCAGUCAUUCCUAUUAUUAGUUACAUUAUAUUAAGAAAUGUUUCAGGCGUAUUGAGAACACGUUUCUCUAGUUUAUUUGCUUGGUUUGGGAGAAUUUCUUUAGAAUUAAUGGUUUGUCAAUGUCAUAUAUGGUUAGCAGCCGAUACUCAUGGAGUUCUUGUGUUAUUGCCUGGUUAUCCUGUACUCAAUGGUUUGAUUGUUUCGUUCAUUUUUAUUUGUAUUUGCCAUGAGUUACAUGAUAUUACAACCAAAUUGACGCCAUAUGCUGUGCCAUCUGAUCAUAAAGAUUUAUUCCGUAAUUUGAUAUGUUUUAUCUUGUUGUUAAUACCAUUAGGAGCAAACGACGGUAUGUUUUGAAUACAAUAUGAUCAUGCAUUCACAAUAAAUUGUCAAUUGUAAAACUAUUUUAUGUUUUUAAAUACCCAAAGUAGUAUCAUUAAAUCUAUAUUUGUAAGAUACUUUA